AUGACGUUUCAGAGAUGUGGACAGUCUAGUACCCGUCCGACAGCUAGCAGUGAGGGAGAUGAUAGUGCAGAGAAAGCUGCCCACGCUCCACUUCAUGAUGAAGUGUACAUGCCCAAUGAUACAGACAGGCAGGAGUAUGUGAUGAACGAAAAUGGCUGCAUAUACCAGGUGGAAUCAGGUGGUGGAAGGCAAUGGUUUUAUGGUCAGUUUGGGGAAGGGAUUCUCGAUGCCUGUUUCCAAAUCUUGGAUGACUCACACAUGCCUCUAGCAAACAGGGGUGAUGCUGUCAAAGUCUGCAGGAGAGGCUCUGCAAUGAUGAAUUCCCAAGAUGACCACGGGGUCUUGGUGGGCAACUGGAGUGAUGACUACUCCCUUGGCACUGCACCAACAUUCUGGAUUGGCAGCGACCAGAUCCUGCUCCAGUACGCCAACCAAGGGCCUGUCAGCUAUGCCCAGUGCUGGGUCUAUGCCAGGACAUUCAACACCUUCUUGCGGUGCCUGGGAAUCCCUGCCAGGGUGAUCACCAACUUCAACUCCGCCCACGACAACACAGGGAACCUAAUCACGGAUCUCAACUUCAACGUCGUGAGAAAUCGACUUGAACUGAACGAGCGCCUUACCAGGGACUCUUUCUUGAACUACCACUGCUGGAAUGAGGUUAACAUGUCCAGACCUGACCUCCCCGCAGGCCAUGACUUAGGUGGCUGGCAGGUGGUGGAUGCCACCCCCCAGGAAACCAGUGAUGGAUAUUACCGCUGUGGACCUUGCUCUGUGAAAGCCAUCAAGGAAGGAAUGCUCAGCUAUCAAUUUGAUGCCCCAUUUGUUUUUGCUGAGGUGAAUAGCAACGUUUACUACCACAAGCUAAAUCCACAAACUGGGAAAACUGAGUUACUAAGCGUGGACACAACCUAUGUCGGCAAGAAAGUAGUGACGAAGUCCGUUGGUGGAAAGAAUUAUGAGCCAAUGGACAUUACAGAGACGUACAAAUACCCAGAAGGCAGCAGUAAGGAUGAAGUGACCAUGAAGAAAGCCGAGAGUACCUACAAGAUGGAUAUGCAAUACGACGACGAGCAGGAGAUCCCAGAGGCUAACGUGGAGAUGACGCUGGAGACACCAGUGGAGCAGGUGAAGAUUGGCCAUGACUUCCAGAUGGCUGUGGUCUUCAGGAACCUGAGUGAAGACACACGCAUCAUCCGUGGCUUCCUGGUGGGCUCCACAGUCUACUACACUAACAUCCAAAGAGCUCAGUUCAAGCAGGAGAGCUUUGACGUCACUCUGAACCCCAUGGAGUUAUCGAGGGUGCAGGUGGUCGUGCUGGCCCAGAAGUACAUGCCCAAGCUGGGUUGCCAGUCCAAUCUGCGCUUCAUGGUGACAGCCAAGAGCAUGGAGAACAACCAGGACAUGACGGCCAUGCAGAUAGUGAACCUGGAAGGCCCCGAGCUGGUCUUUUCGACUGCUGACAUGGAAAGAAAAACUGAUCGGUGA